ACCGGAGAAAUGAGAAGCUAUGUAGAAGAUGGAGUGCGUAUUCGGAUUGGUAGGGAAGGGGUUCGCCAUCGUGGUGGCGGACACGUCGGCGGUGCACGGCAUACUGGUUCACAAGACGAACGAGGAGAAGAUCAUGAAACUUGAUUCUCACAAGCUCAUGGCCGCCAGUGGUGAGGGCGGUGACAGGGUUCAGUUCACUGAAUACAUACUCAAGAACGUGGCUCUCUACCAAUUCCGCAACGGGAUCCCUUUGACCACUUCCGCUGCCGCCAAUUUCACCCGCGCCGAGCUAGCUGCUGCUCUCCGCAAGAACCCCUACGCUGUGAACAUUCUUCUUGCUGGUUACGACAACCACACAGGCCCUUCACUAUACUACAUUGACUACUUAGCAACACUUCACAAGGUUGACAAGGCAGCUUUUGGUUAUGCCUCCUAUUUUUCAUUGUCAAUCAUGGACACACACUACCACGCUGGCAUGUCCCUGCAAGAAGCUAUUGAUUUAGUAGAUAAAUGCAUCACGGAAAUCAGGUCCAGGUUGGUUGUGGCACCUCCAAACUUUGUUAUCAAAAUUGUUGACCAACACGGAGCCAGAGAGUGUGCGUGGCGUCAAUCGCUUCCUUCAGCUUCACCUACUUUUAUUCAUAAUUGAGUACGAGGAGAACAUGCUAUUUGAGCUAUAACUCAUUGACAUAAUUUGCUGUUGUUUUAUUUUUAUUAUUAUUAUUAUUAUUAUUAUUAUUAUUAUUAUUUGUGUGUGAAUGUGUGAUCUUGGUUUCGUUUGG